CACAGUCUCUCUCGCUCAGACACCGGAGACGGAGUCUCUGGUGGCGUGGCGUGGCGUAUAACGGUAUAUAUAGGCCCAAUUGAUAAUUGAUAGCUCAUCAGGAAGAGAUUCAGAGAGAGUUAGUGAGGAUGAAGAACUUCAAGCCCUUCUUCGUUGAAAGCUCAUUCGCUCGCUCACGCCCAACAUCAUCCAACCCUUUCUUCCUCUCCUCCCAACGCAAGUUUGCAGCUUCAGCCUCAGUAUCCCAAGACGAAGGUGAAACAGUUGCCUUUCCUAAUUCCUAGGUGAUAAUGUCUCAAUGCUUCAAUGUCUCAAUGUCUCAAUGUCUCAAUGUCUCGAUGUCUCAAUGCCUCAAUGCCUCAAUGCCUCAGCUCACAAUACUUCUAUCAUUUGUCACAGACUCACAGACAGACCACUUUUGGUGUAAUUGUCAAGGACCAAGCUUUUCUAAAUUUGAACUCCUCUCAACUACAACACAAGGGUGCAACAAUUGCAGAAUCAUUGUCAGGGCUUCCGCUUCUUGUUAGAGGACAUGUCCCUGGAGGAGGACCUUCUGAAAUUUCCAAGCCACACUUCACUAAACUUUUAAAACAGGUCACAAAUCAUAUAUCAUCCAUCUCAAACAUUUUUGUUCAUGACGGGGCUAUUGGUUCAUCACCAAAAUGUGAUGUGAAAGUUCGUUUAAUAAGUGAUAGUCCGUCUGCGAUGCUGUCACUAUCCCAUAUGCUCUGGGAGACUCCCACCCGUGCAGUUUCUCAGGAUUCAUGUCCUUUAACAGUUUAUGUGGCUACUUCUAUAAGUCCAGGCAUUGGGGAAAGCAUUGGCCUUGGAUCCAAAGAAAAUGAUGGAUUCAUAGCUGCUGAUAUUGAGCGCUCAUCACUUAUUUUAUGUGGUAAAGCGUUUUCAGAUUCAAAUACAACUAAAGAAGCACUAGCUGCCUUGUCUGGGCCUGUUAUAUUUGCAAGAGGAGGCCUUCCAUUAUCUGCAAGGCUUUUAGUGUCUGGUGAUUCUGUGGUUCUUUUAUUUGCACCCAAAAGGACCUUUAAGAGUUGCAGAGAUCUGUUGGUGCCUUCAGAUGCAGGUGUAAUUCUUUCUUCUAAAGGUCUUGCCUUUUUGUUUCAAACUGGUGGAUCAAAUCUAUUCAAAUUGCCAGCUUCUGUAUUCCUUGCAUCUUCUGACAGUUCUGGUGUUAUCCCUUCUGUUUCAAAGCUCUCCCCUGGCCAGGCAGCUUAUCACUUCUUGGCUGGUUAUCAGAAUGGGAAGUUCAUACCUGCAUACAACAAAGGCACUUGGUCCAUUGACCCGUUGGAACUAGCUAAGGCGUUUCUGUCCAAGUUGAAAGAUGACCAGAUCUCAUCUUACUUGUUCAAUGUCGAUGGAGGAGAAAAUAAUGUAAAUGGCAAGGAUUUUGCUAAGGUGGUACAAUCAACGUUGUCCGAGAACAUCCCACCAUUUCAAGCUAAAAGUGGGGGGGAUCUUGAAGAAAAGUACAAGAGCUUCCUGUUGAGCAAAUUUCCAGACUUGCCAGAGGAAUUCUCGUUCUAAGACAUUAACACUUCGCAGUUGCGUUAUGAAUUUAAACAUUUUCCCUUGAAACGUUUGCAGUUGGAAGACACAACAGAGAGGUUGAACAACAAACACACUGAAGAAACUCAUGGUGGACUUCGACAGUCGUCUUCAAGUCCACAAUUAAUUUGAAUCCGAUUAUGCUUCUCACUCUUUUUCUUUUUCAAAAUCUUGCAUGCUUAGGUUUAUUUUACCUCAGGCCUUGACCCCAAUGCCAAAAGAAUGGUUAAUUUAAUUGUUGUAUUUAUUUAUUUAUUUUGUGUCUGAUAA